UCAAUAAAUUAAAUUAAAUUCACGAAAGAUAAAGCUCUCUCUCUCUCUCUCUCUCAAUUUGGAUGCGUAUUCAUAACUUCACGAGAAAUCUGGGUUUCAGACGCAGACGAUAACCUCAACACGUUCGUCCAAAUCACUCCGCAUUCACUCACCGAUACCUUUUCUCUCCCCUCUAUCUCUCUCUCCCUCUCUCAUUAAUCGUUUUAUUGUUGAAUACUUUGUACUGAUUUUUAGCUAAAAAGUGUGACCGCUUUUGUUUUCCGGUAAGUUUUCUCUGUCUCUUCAGAAUUUGAAGGCGAGAUGAAGAAGAAGCAUCCCGUUGUGGAGGUGGAGAAGAAGAAGAAGUAUCCGAUUGGUCCCGAGCAUUAUGAACUCUACGAGGAAAUUGGCCAAGGCGUGAGUGCCACGGUUCACCGUGCUCUUUGCAAACCGUUCAAUGAGACUGUAGCCAUCAAAAUUCUUGAUUUUGAACGCGACAAUGCUAAUCUGAAUAACAUUUUUCGUGAAGCUCACACAAUGAACCUAAUUGACCACCCUAAUGUCCUUAAAUCGCACUGCUCCUUCGUUAGUGAUCAUAAUUUGUGGUUUGUCAUGCCAUAUAUGGCUGGCGGUUCCUGUCUUCACAUCUUAAAAGCCGCUUACCCUGAUGGUUUUGAGGAGGUUGUAAUAGCCACAAUAUUGCGAGAAGUGUUAAAGGGUUUAGAAUAUCUUCAUCAUCAUGGGCAUAUACAUCGCGAUGUCAAAGCUGGGAACAUUCUAAUUGAUGGCCAUGGGGCAAUCAAGCUUGGAGAUUUUGGUGUAUCUGCUUGUCUUUUUGAUUCUGGUGACAGGCAACGCACACGCAAUACAUUUGUGGGGACACCCUGCUGGAUGGCACCUGAGGUCAUGGAACAACUGCGUGGCUAUGACUUUAAGGCUGAUAUCUGGUCAUUUGGCAUAACUGCAUUGGAGCUUGCCCACGGUCAUGCUCCUUUCUCAAAGUAUCCACCAAUGAAGGUGCUGCUGAUGACAUUGCAACAUGCACCUCCAGGCCUUGAUUACGAAAGGGAUAACAAGUUCUCCCAUACAUUUAAAGACAUGAUUGCUAGCUGUCUAGUGAAAGAUCCUUCAAAACGACCAACUGCUAAAAAGUUGUUAAAGCAUUCAUUCUUCAGGCAGGCACGUUCAAAUGAUUAUAUUUCACGAAAGCUUUUGGAGGGGCUUCCUGCUUUAGGUGAUCGCAUCAAAGCUUUAAAGAUAAAAGAAGAAGACAUGCUUGCUCAAGAGAAAAUGCCUCAUGGGCGAAUGGAAGAAAUAUCUCAGAAUGAAUACAAGCGAGGAAUUAGUGGCUGGAACUUCAAUCUUGAUGAUAUGAAGGCCCAGGCUUCCUUGAUCCAGGAUUCUGACGACCCCAUAGAUGAUAAUAUAGGAUGUUCAAAUUCCUUUUCUACACCCAAUGAACAUGACAAGCCAUCAUCAAGUCAAAACCAAAAUCCCUCUCAAAUUUUAGACGUGGACAACACUGAUGAGAUGCAAAAUAUAUCUGCUUCUGUCCCCAUAGUUGGAUCCACACUAAAUGGCACCAAGUUAAAAUGUGAGGAUCAUGAUUCUAGCAUCACCAGUUCAAGCCAUAGGGAGGACAUUUCACCGGACUCUUCAUCGCUUCUUGAUAACGAGGUUGAUCAUUACAUGGAUGAAAAAUCUAUCAGGGAGACUGGUGGGAGGUCUCUAGAGGAAACAGCUAUUCAUUCCCUUCGUGGUAGAUUUUCAAUGAAUGUCUCCCACGAAGUUACACCUCCAUCUAUUCAGGGAGAAAGGGAGAAGCCGCAACAUCAGCCCCAGAACAACCUAAACUGCAAUGCGACUACAGUUCCCCUAACGAGGGAUGAUGUGCAUGCUGAACUAUCUUCAAAAGCUUCAAAAUUGUCAGUAGCAAGUUCUGAUGACAAUGAUGAGAAAGCAAAGGUACCAGUUGUUCAGCAGAGAGGACGGUUUAAGGUUACAUCUGAAAAUGUUGAACUAGAAAAGGUGGGCCCAUCUUCUCCUGUACAGCAAAAGAAUCAGGCAUGAAGGUUUGGAGUUUUGAGGUUUGCACCACUGUGAAUCGCCCACAAAUCUAACAGUUCUAAUCCAAGUCAAUUUCUCUCACAAGCAUUCGGCGAAUAACUUAUUUUAUUUUGCAUUGGGCCAAGUGGUGGUUGACUUGCAUCCCUUGUCAGAUGAAAGUGUUCAUAGUUAUGGAAUUUAUUCAUUUACAAAUGUUAUUGAUUAACAAUAAAUUCAAUAAUAAUCAUAUACCAACAGUAAUCAGUUAAAACACCUUAUUCCUGUGCUUCUUGUGGAAAUGAAACGGUUUAGUAGGUCAUCAUCUCCACAUAAUCCAGCUUCUCUGCCUUUACCUUUGUCA